AAUCAGAUAACCCAACCCAUGAAGGCGGUGGGCUUGUUGACCGUGCGAUCGCGCAAGCGCACGCGUAAGACUGAUCGGCUCCCGACGCUCUCCAUAUAAAAUGGGAAUUUCGCUUCAGGAUUCCUCUCCGCCGCAGCGCUCGACGCUCCGCAACGUUGUUCGAGAAAGCGGAGCGAAUCAAAUCGAGUAGAAGAGAAGGGAGAGAAACGAGGGUUUUAGAUAGAGGGGAGUUCUGGAGGAGGAGGAGGAGGAGGAGGAGGAGGAGAAGAUGCCGGUUCUCACGUGCAACGCGUGCAACAAGGAGUUCGAGGACGAGGGGGAGCAGAAGCUCCACUACAGAUCAGAAUGGCACCGCUACAAUCUCAAGAGGAAGGUGGCGGGAGUUCCUGGUGUCACAGAAGCAUUGUUCCAGGCUAGGCAGUUAGCCUUAGCAGAAGAGAGGAACAAGUUUAGUCCUACCCCUAUGCUGUACAGCUGUGCUCUUUGUGGCAAGGAGUAUAGGAGUUCCAAGGCUCAUGCCCAGCACAUGAAAUCACGAGCUCAUGUUAUGAAAGCUUCACAGGAAUCUACUGCCUCCACUGCAGGAAUUACAGUUAUUAAACCACUUAUAGAUUGCGUUCCUAAUAAGUCAGCUUUAUUGACUAAGGCCCUACUAGUAAGAGAGGACUAUCGAGAAAGUGAAGAAAAUGAGGAUGAAUGGGUGGAAGUCGACCCAGAUGAAGAGGUUGAUAUGGUCUAUGAAUCUUUGUCAAAUCUACAUGUGGAUGAACAUGCUUCUAAUGCUGAUGGUGACAUGGAUGAAAUUGAAAAAUUAGAUCCUUCAUGUUGUUUUAUGUGUGACUUGAAACAUGACAAUAUAGAAAAUUGCAUGGUCCACAUGCAUAAGAAGCACGGAUUUUUCAUACCUGAUAUUGAGUAUUUGAAGUAUCCCCGAGGACUUCUUACAUAUGUUGGUCUAAAGGUUAAGAGAGAUUUCACAUGCUUGUAUUGCAAUGAGAGAUGCCAUCCUUUUCAAAGCCUGGAGGCAGUAAGGAAACACAUGGCUGCAAAAAGUCACUGUAAAUUACGUUAUGGAGAUGGUGGUGAUGAUGAAGAUGCUGACUUGGAAGAGUUCUAUGACUAUAGCUGCAGUUACAUUGAUGCCGAUGGUAAGCAGCUGGUGGCUGCGAAUGACAUGGCUAACAGCAUAGAAUUGGGAAGUGGUGGCUCAGAGCUUGUAAUCACUCAUAAGACAGAGAACGGUACACUUGUUAGAACUCUUGGCUCUCGGGAAUUUCUCCGCUACUACCGUCAGAAACCACGACCUUCUCUUCCAAGGGAUGUUGCUUUGGCAGUCUCAUUGGCCUCAAGGUACCGAAGUAUGGGUUUGGCGACGGUUCAAUCGAAGGAACCGAUUAUAAGAAUGAAAGUCCUUAAGGAGAUGAACCGUAGCGGAGUGGAGGCAAUGCGCUCAAAGAUUGGGAUGAAGAGCAACGUCAUUCGAAACCUUCCAAAGAAUGUCCCAUAUUAGACUUGCUUUGAGCCCUUUGAAGUUCCACAUUUUCUAAAUAUGGAAGAAGAACAAGAGAGUAACUAAACGUAGUGUUUUGUUCGCUAUUAUGAGACUUUAGUACUGUGAACCUUUGCUUGUUAAAUUUGAAGCCUGUAGCUCUCUAAUUUUCCCCCUUUUCCCUUCUCUUUUUUCUUUUUUCUCUACUAUGUUUUGUUUGCUUGUUUAUAACAUAACAGAAAUUGCACCAGUGAUCUUUCUGUUUGGUAAUCA